AUGGCAGAAGCUCUCCUAAACCAGUUCCUCUUGGGACUACGGGAGCCUAAGCUCCGGAGGAGACUGGUCAGCCAGGACAACCUGGAUCUAGAUAAGGUGAUCCGGGAGGCCACCGCUUAUGAGAAGGCCCACCAAGACUGCCGUGCCAAGGCGGUCCACCGCAAACAAGCCGCUGUAGGCUCCGAUGCCUUGGAUGAGGAGCUACCGGUCCGCCAUCGGGCGCCCCCCCUGCAAAAGCCACGGAGUUUCGCUUUACGGGAUUUCAAUAAGAACCCCGAGGCAGUACUGGGCUGGGGCAAGUCCCAGGUGCGGUUCCAAGAAUUUGACGAGCCCCUAGACCUGCUAGUGGUGGAAGGGCGAUGCUCCAGUCUGUUGGGCCUGUCCUGGUUCGAGCCGUUGGGACUGUCUUUGAAUGGGAUCAACCAGGUCCGGUCUCUGGAUUUUGCUGUGCUGCACCGCUUCGAUACGGCCGAGCUCAAGGUCAAGCGUGAGAAGUGCCUCCUGGGAGUUCCUCGCAUUGAGUUCCUGGGCUUCGCUGUUGACGCCUCCGGCAUCCACUCCACCGCGGACAAGGUAAAAGCCAUCACACACGCACCGCCGCCACAGUCCAAGUCGGAGUUACAGGCCUUUCUGGGGCUUCUGAACUUUUAUCAUUCCUUCUUGCCCCUCAAGGCUGCGGUUGCAGAACCACUCCACUGCCUCCUGGACAAGUCGGCGCCUUGGGUCUGGGGUCCCCUGCAGGCGGCAGCGUUCCAAGCUGUCAAGGACCUGCUCGUGUCUAAUUCGGUCCUGGCGCAUUUCAAUGAGGCCCUCCCUGUGGUGCUGGCUUGUGAUGCUUUGCCUUACGAGGCCGGGGCGGUCCUGGGCCACCGACUGCCGGACGUCCAUGGGGUCCCGGUCGCCUAUUAUUCACGGACUCUUUCUGCGGCUGAGUGCAACUACGCGCAGAUAGAUAAAGAGGCGCUGGCUUUUUUAGCGGGGGUGAAGAAAUUUCACCACUAUCUGUAUGGGCGCCCGUUCACGGUCCUCAUGGAUCACAAGGCGCUGCUGGGCCUCCUGGCCCCCGACCGCCAGACCCCUCAGAUGAUUUCUCCCUGGGUGCUCCGCUGGUUUAUUUUCAUGGGUGGGUACUCCUACACCCUCGUUCACCACCAGGGGAAGGCGAUGGGCCAUGCUGACGCCCUGAGCCACCUGCCGCUGCCAAUCUGCGACCUAGCUCCGGCUCCCGCCCACCAGAUCGCGCUUCUGGAGUCCCUCCCGGAUCAACCGCUCCAUGUCAAGGAGGUGGCUCACUGCACCUCCGAGGACAAGGAGCAUGCCCGAGGACCCACUUCCAGCGACACUGGUAACACCGGCACGAGAAACCGCGGCACCUCCUCCGGACAGCCCUCCGCCAAGGAUGUCACGGGAGGCGCCAACCACCGUUCCCGAGCUUCACGACUCCUCCCGCACCCGAAAGACACCAUCUCAUUUAAAAGAUUUUAUCUGUGGAAUGCCCAACUUGGCGGCGGCGGCGGCGGCUACAGUUUCUCGCAUUCCCGGUACGGAGACGCGGCGCGGGAGGAGGAGGAGGGCGAGGAUCGGGGCGCAGCCCGGCAGGGGGCGCUCUUGGCCUUUGCUUCCCGCUAUGAAUGGGCGGCCGGAGAGGCGCUAGAAUUCCCCCGCUACGGAAUGGAACUGGUGAAGAUGGCGCGGGCUUGCUGGACUCUCCUCGUGCUCCAGACCCUUCUGGCGGAGUCGGCUCUCGUCCACGGGGCAGAGAGGGGCUACCCCGUCCUGAACAUCGCCGUCAUUCUGGGCAGGAUGCAGCGCCUGACGGAAAGGGACGUCCGCGGCCUCUGGACGGGGGAGAUGGCAGCCAACUUCACCCUUGAGGUCAACGUGGUGCCCCUGCUGGUCAACCACACGGAUCCCAAGAGCAUCAUCACCAACGUUUGCGACCUGAUGUCAGGCACCAAGAUCCACGGGGUGGUUUUCAGCGACGACACCGACCAGGAGGCCGUCGCCCAGAUUUUGGAUUUUAUUUCCUCGCAGACCUUCAUCCCGAUCUUGGGGAUUCACGGUGGCUCGUCCAUGAUCAUGGCAGAAAAGGAUCUGAUGUCCACCUUUUUCCAGUUCGGGGCCUCUAUCCAGCAGGAGGCCAUCAUCAUGCUGAAGUUCAUGCAGUACUACGACUGGCACGUCUUCUCGCUGGUGACCAGCACCUUCCCCGGCUACCGGGACUUCAUCGCCUUCAUCAAGUACACCGUGGAGAACAGCUUUGUGGGCUGGGACAUGCAGAACAUCAUCACCCUCGACGCGCCCAUCGGGGACGCCAGGACGACGGUGCAGCUGAAGAAGAUCCACUCCUCCGUCAUCCUGCUCUACUGCUCGAAGGACGAAGCCGUCUACGUCCUGGACGAGGCCCGCUCGCUGGGCCUGACGGGGUACGACUUCUUCUGGAUCGUCCCCAGCAUGGUCAGCGGGAACAUGGAGGUCACGCCCCCGGAGUUCCCCUCGGGGCUCAUUUCCGUGGCCUACGACGAGUGGGACUACAGUCUGAAGGCUCGGGUCCGGGACGGCCUUGGGAUUAUCACCACGGCGGCCGCCGCCAUGCUGGACAGGGACUCCUUCAUCCCCGAAGCGAAAACCAGCUGCUACGGCCAGCAAGAGAGGAACGAGCAGCCGUCUCCCACCUUGCACACGUUUAUGAUGAACGUGACCUGGGAAGGGAAGGACUUAUCCUUCACCGAAGACGGCUACCAGGCACAUCCCAGACUGGUGGUCAUCGUGCUGAACCAGACCCGGGAGUGGGAGAAGGUGGGGAAAUGGGAGAACAAGACGCUGACCCACAAGUAUUCUGUCUGGCCCCGGUUCAAUUCCUUCAACGACAGCGACCCGGACAACAACCAUCUCAGCAUCGUCACCUUGGAGGAAGCCCCCUUUGUGAUUGUGGAAGACAUGGACCCCUUGACAGAGACGUGCGUGAAGAACACCGUGCCGUGCCGGAAGUUUGUCGUCAUUAACAACAUCACCAAGGAAGGGAGGAACGUGAAGAAGUGCUGCAAGGGGUUUUGCAUCGACAUCCUAAAGAAGCUCUCCAAGGCCAUCAAGUUCACCUACGACCUCUACCUGGUGACCAACGGGAAGCACGGGAAGAAGAUCAAUAACGAGUGGAACGGGAUGAUCGGGGAAGUGGUCAAAAAGCAGGCCGUGAUGGCCGUGGGCUCCCUUACGAUUAACGGGGAACGUUCGGAGGUGGUGGACUUCUCGGUGCCGUUCGUGGAGACGGGGAUCAGCGUCAUGGUGUCCCGGAGCAACGGCACAGUGUCUCCGUCGGCUUUUCUGGAGCCUUUCAGUGCUUCCGUCUGGGUGAUGAUGUUCGUCAUGCUGCUGAUUGUGUCUGCCAUCGCGGUCUUUGUGUUUGAGUACUUCAGCCCCGUCGGCUAUAACCGGAACUUGGCACAAGGGAGAGAUCCCCACGGGCCGUCCUUCACGAUCGGCAAAGCUGUCUGGCUGCUCUGGGGCCUGGUGUUCAACAACUCCGUGCCGGUUCAGAACCCGAAAGGGACCACCAGCAAGAUCAUGGUGUCGGUCUGGGCCUUCUUUGCUGUCAUCUUCCUGGCGAGCUACACGGCCAACCUGGCUGCUUUCAUGAUCCAAGAGGAAUUUGUUGACCAGGUGACCGGCCUGAGCGAUAAGAAGUUUCAACAGCCGUACGCGUAUUCACCUCCUUUUCGCUUUGGGACAGUCCCGAACGGGAGCACGGAGAGAAACAUCCGGAAUAACUACAAAGAGAUGCACACGUACAUGGUGAAGUACAACCAGAAAGGAGUGGAGGACGCUUUGGUCAGCUUGAAGACUGGGAAGCUGGACGCGUUCAUCUACGAUGCGGCGGUGCUGAACUACAAGGCCGGGCGGGACGAAGGAUGUAAGCUGGUGACGAUUGGCAGCGGGUACAUCUUCGCCACCACUGGCUACGGCAUCGCUCUGCAGAAAGGGUCGCCGUGGAAGAGGCCAAUCGACCUGGCCCUCCUGCAGUUCGUGGGAGAUGGAGAGAUGGAGGAGCUGGAGACCCUGUGGCUCACGGGCAUUUGCCACAACGAGAAGAACGAGGUCAUGAGCAGCCAGCUGGACAUUGACAACAUGGCGGGCGUCUUCUACAUGCUUGCUGCCGCCAUGGCGCUCAGCCUGAUCACGUUUGUGUGGGAGCACCUGUUCUACUGGAAGCUGCGCUUCUGCUUCACCGGGGUCUGCUCUGAUCGGCCAGGACUGUUGUUUUCCAUCAGCAGGGCCAUUUACAGCUGCCUUCAUGGAGUGCACAUUGAGGAAAAAAAGAAAUCUCCUGACUUCACUUUAACGAGUUCGCAGACAAAUAUGUUGAAACUCCUGCGGACAGCCAAGAAUAUGACUAAUCUGGCUGACAUGAAUCCCUCCAGGCUCAAUUCUCCCAAAAGAACGCCUGAUUUCAUUCACAGGGGAUCUUUGAUUAUGGACAUGAUGAUGGAUAAGGGAAAUCUUGUCUUCUCGGAAAACAGGCCCUUCCCAGGGAAGGAGAACGUUUUCAGUGAUAAUAUGAGCGAGCUGCAGACCUUUCCUCCUGGCAACCGCCACAAAGACAACCUCAACAACUAUGUUUUCCAAGGGCAGCACCCACUUACACUGAAUGAAUCUAAUCCUAACACCGUAGAAGUGGCUGUCGCAACUGAAGCCAAAGCGAACUCACGUCCGAGGCAACUGUGGAGGAAGUCAGUCGAAUCAUUGCGGCAAGAGUCUCUCCGCCAAGAUUCUAUCCGACAGGGCUCCCAGCGGGAAAACGUUUCUGAGGAAAACCGACAGCAUUCCUUGACAGGCCCGAGGUACCUCCCCGAAGAGAUCAUCCGCUCAGAUGUUUCAGACACCUCAAGCCGAGCCACUUGCCACAUGGAACCCGAGAACAACAACAAGCACCACAAAUCCAAGGACAACGUGAAGAAAAGACCCGUCUCGAAAUAUCCAAAGGAUUGUAGUGAAGUAGAGUUGACAUAUCUGAAAAAUAAAUCUUUGCCCCGGGAUAAAAUUUACAUUAUAGAUGCAGAUAAGGAGCGAGGCUUUCAUCUCGAUACCCCUCAGUAUAUCGAGAAUAUUAUCCUUCCAGAGACAAUGGAGUUUUCUGAAGGAUAUCAGGAUCACAACGACAACUAUCGGAAUGCUGAGCCAAGUAAUAGAACUUCUUUGCCAAAUGAAGAAAGUCUUCCAAACAAUGAUCAAUACAAGCUGUAUUCAAAGCACUACAGUGCAAAAGAAAAGAAUGCUUCGUUUGGUGAGGCAAACGAGAGAUACAGGCAGAAUGCCACUCACUGCAGGAGUUGCCUUUCCACCCUGCCCACUUACACCGGGCACUAUACCAGCCGGUCACCCUACAAGUGUGAUGCCUGCGUGCGGAUGGGGAACUUGUACGAUAUCGACGAGGACCAGAUGCUGCAGGAAACGGCCAACUCCACACAACGGGAAGAUCUGUAUCGCCAUGACUGGGUCCAGAAUAACAACACUCAGCCUCCCAAGAAAAGCAAGCUGAAGAUGAGCAGGCAACACUCGUACGACAACAUCCUUGACAAGUGCAGGGAAAUGGACCUCGGGAGGCCCGCUCGAAGCAUCAGCCUGAAAGAUAAAGAGAGGCUUCUCGAAGUCAACCCUUAUGCAACCCUCUUUAACGUCCCCCAAAGCAAACUCUUGAGCAACAAGGCUCCGCUUUUCUCACGCACGCUGGACGACGGUAAGAGGGUCAAGUCCCUGUAUUCUGACCACUCAGCCGAGAACCCUUUUCUGCACUCUUAUUGCGAUGACCAGCAUUUAGGUCUUGGGCGGAGCCCCACGGACUCUUAUAAACAAUCCUUAAAAUCGAGAUACGAUAGUUACUCGAGGUCAUCACUAAGAUCGACCGCCUCGUACUGUUCCAGAGACGGCCGGGUCCACAAUGACAUGUACAUUUCAGAGCAUGGGUUGCCUUAUGUUGCCAAUAAGAAUAGUGUGUACUCAACUCCACGAGUUUUAAAUUCCUGCAGCAAUAGACGCGUGUAUAAGAAGAUGCCUAGCAUUGAAUCAGAUGUUUAG